AUGGGUCUCACACCCGUACACUUCUUCUCCCAUGGCUCGACCAUGAUGCUGGGAGAAGAGUCCGAGAGCGCCGACUACUGGAAGAAGUGCGGAGAUGAAGCCCUAGCCCGGAACAUUAAGGGCGUCAUCGUGAUGGGUGCGCACUGGGACUGCUUGGGUGACAGAAUUGAGCUGGCCACGAACCCCAGUCCCGACAAAAGUCCUGUGGCCUAUGUCCAUCCCGAUAAAUACGUUAACUACAAGCUCAACCCCGACCUCGAGACCACCAGCCGAUGUAUCGACAUGCUGGUCAAGGAGGGCUUUAAUGUCGGCGGCAAUCCUAAGUUCGAUUGGAUUCACGACGUUUACCUCAUCCUCAUCCGCAUGUUCCCCAGUGGCUGCCCGCCAACGACACUGGUCUCUGCCAACGCCCGAUAUGAUCCCCACUUCCAUAUGAAAAUCGGUGCUACCUUGCGCCCUUUGCGCCGCGAGAACUACCUCUUCAUCGGUACCGGAGGUGCCGUGCAUAACCUAUACCGAAACCGAUGGGCUCCCAUGCUGCGGUUCCGUGACAACUUUGCGAUGGAGACGCCACCGGAGGACUGGGCCAUGGAAUUCCGACAAGCUGUGGAAGAUGUCAUUACCAAGACAUCAGGGGUGCAGUUACGGCGUGCCAUGACUCGUCUGAUGAAGCACCCGCGGUUCCGAGAUGCGCACGCCACUGAUGACCAUUUUAUGGCGGCGCUGUUUGUGGCUGGCGCAGCAGGUGACGCCGAAGAUGAAAACACUCCGGCGAUUCUGGGUGCUGAGAGCUGGGAGCUGACCAAUAUGUGUAACUCGCAGUUCACUUUUGGCCAGUGGUCUAAGGAAAUUGCGGUGUAA